GCAAAAGGCAUUGAGAUAAUUAAAAACUAGCAGAGCCACUAAAACUAAGCAAACACCACCAUUCAAAUCCCUAUACAUUUGCGUGUGAGCUAGCAUUAGAGAAUAUUCCGAUUAUUAAAGUAGUUGAGCUGCUAAUUAAUCUCAUUUCCUCUUUUACUAAUGCUUGUCUCCUGUGCUGGAGGGAAGUUUCUUCCGAUCUUUCGUCUUGGCUUCUUGUUGGAAUCUUUGUACAUAAAUACGUAGUUAGACCACCAAAUACUUUGAAAACUUUCCCUUCUAGGAAUUAACCAACCUGAGCCAGAAGCUUCACCCACUUGCCUUUUUCGAACCUAAUAUUCUUCUUGGGCUCUGAUGUGCCUGUGUUCAAUGAAUGAUCACUUAGCAAUGGCAUCAAUGGCGACAAAGGGCGCAGCUGGAUUAUAUUGUCCAGGGAAUUUGCACAAGGUAGAGAAAAAGAAUAAUGUGACGGUAUUGGCCAUGGCCAAGGCAGGAUUUCCUUGUUCUUGGCACAUGAUCACACCGAAAAAACGAAGCUUUUACGCAAUAGCAAGUGCCGGUAAUCCUCCAAGCCUGGACAUUACAAAUGGGAAAAAGGUGAAUGGUAAUCAUGUGAGGGAGACUCCAUCUCCUUACAUAAGCAAUACGAAUGCCGGUGGGUUGGCAAUCCAUAGCAAUGUUGCUGAACCUCACACAUAUUUGCUUGGGAGGUUUGUGGAGGAUAGGCUUAUUUAUAGGCAGACGUUCAGUAUCAGAUCUUAUGAGAUUGGACCUGACAAAACCGCCACAAUGGAAACAUUAAUGAAUCUCCUUCAGGAAACUGCACUGAACCAUGUGACAAGCUCAGGACUAGCUGGAAAUGGCUUCGGUGCUACCCGAGAGAUGAGCCUCAGGAAACUUAUUUGGGUAGUCACUCGCAUUCACGUUCAAGUACAGCGAUACAGCUGCUGGGGAGACGUUGUCGAGAUCGAUACAUGGGUAGAUGCAACCGGGAAGAAUGGUAUGCGCAGGGACUGGAUAAUUCGAGACUACAACACCAAAGAGAUCAUAACAAGAGCAACAAGCACAUGGGUGAUCAUGAAUAGAGAAACAAGAAAGCUAUCCAAAAUCCCAGAUGAAGUCAGGGAAGAAUUGGUACCAUUCUACAUAAACCGGCUUUCGAUUGCUGCUGAACACAAUGAUGUUGAGAAAAUUGAUAAGCUUAACAAUGAAACAGCAGGGAGAAUUCGAUCCGGCUUAGCUCCAAGAUGGAGUGAUAUGGAUGCCAACCAACAUAUAAAUAAUGUCAAAUACAUUGGAUGGAUUCUGGAGAGUGUGCCAAUGCAUGUCCUGGAACAUUACAAUAUGACAGGCAUGACCCUUGAGUAUCGACGAGAGUGUCGACAAUCAAAUCUGCUCGAAUCCUUAACAAGCACGAGCGAAGAUUCAAACAGCGGUUCCAGUAAUCGCAAAGCAGGCAUGGAAUACACGCAUCUACUGCGUAUGCAAGCAGACAAGGCAGAGAUAGUUCGUGCAAGAACGGAAUGGAAAUCCAAAUUAAAGCACAAGUGAUGUUAUUUCGUGUAUGUUCAAACACUGCUAUAGGCAGCUCAUGCUCUCUCUUUAUUUAUUUAUUUUUUAUUUAUUUUACUUCCUUCUUGUGUAAACCACCCAUUUGUUGCUUUCUUUGGUGUUACGAGCUCAUGUUUAUUGACUGUGAAUAAAAACUACAAGCAUUGUGCUUCCAA